CUCACGUCCCCAUCCAGCCCCCAGCUUCCCGCUUCCUCCUCCUAUUGGUUAUCUGUCCCCAGGCCCCACCCCCCGGCCGGGGUACAAAGUGUCUCCUACGCGGAUUGGCCGAAGGCGGGAGACGGGGUUUGGAGGCGGGUUAAAGAGCGCGCAGGAGUUCGGCCACGCGUGCCUUAGAAGGUUCAAUGGCGUGGCGGGGGCUGGCGGCCGAGUUUCAGCAGGUGCCGGCAGUGACGCGGGCUUACACCGCGGCCUGCGUCCUCACCACAGCCGCUGUGCAGCUGGAUCUCCUUAGCCCCUUCCAGCUCUACUUCAACCCGCACCUCGUGUUCCGGAAGUUCCAGGUCUGGAGGCUCCUCACCAACUUCCUCUUCUUCGGUCCCCUGGGAUUCAGCUUCUUCUUCAACAUGCUCUUCGUAUUCCGCUACUGCCGCAUGCUGGAGGAGGGCUCUUUCCGCGGCCGCACGGCAGACUUCGUCUUCAUGUUUCUCUUUGGGGGCGUCCUUAUGAUUCUGCUGGGGCUCCUGGGCAGCCUGUUCUUCCUGGGCCAGGCCCUCAUAGCCAUGCUGGUGUAUGUAUGGAGCCGCCGUAGCCCUCAGGUGAGGGUCAACUUCUUCGGCCUCCUCACCUUCCAGGCGCCAUUCCUGCCCUGGGCACUCAUGGGCUUCUCACUGCUGCUGGGCAACUCAAUCCUCGUGGACCUGCUGGGGAUUGCUGUGGGACACAUCUACUACUUCCUAGAGGAUGUCUUUCCCAACCAGCCUGGAGGCAAGAGACUGCUGCUGACCCCGGGCUUCCUGAAGCUGCUACUGGACACCCCUGAAGAGGACCCCAAUUACCUGCCCCUCCCUGAGGAGCAGCCAGGACCCCUGCAGCAGUGACCCCACCUGGGGCCAAUGCCAGCCCCAGGUGCCUGUUUCCCCAACAUGGCAAGCCUCCGUCCUACCCCUAACUCCUGCUUGCAGCAGAGCAACCUGUCCCGGAGGCUGGCCACCCAAUAAACAGAAUAACUUGCAGCCU